AUUAGAAAGCAGACGAUAUUGAGUUUUUUUAGGGGAGAUAAUUACUUCGUUCGUAAUUAAACAACAAUGCCCUCAGCUGACUAUUUUAAGGAGUUUGUCAACGAGCGACUAGCUGCUGCUGCUGAAGAAAUAUUGGGAGUUUUUAUAAAAACUAUCGUCGAGUACAAGGAAGAGAUAGACCGCCAGCGCAGACUGUUGGAUAUCGCUUGGAAACCAGAAAUAAAGUUACACAGGAUAGAGCUCCCACAGCAACACUUCUGUAAGGAGGAGGAGGUUCCUGCUGACCAGCAGCUCUGUAUUCAGGAGAGGAACUCCAGUCUGGACCAAGAGGACCCAGAGCCUCCACAAGUUAAAGAGGAACCAGAGGAACUCAGCAUCAGUCAGGAGGGAGAGCAGCUUGUAGUGAAGCAGGAGACUCCUACUUAUGAGGAAAGUGACCUCAGUGAAGAUCAGACUAUGUACUUGAAACCUGAUGACACUUUAAGUUCAGUGGAGACAGAGUCUGUAUUCACCAUACCAGUUAUAAGCUCUGCGCUACAUGAUGCAACCAGUGAUCACCAGCUCCUCUCUGAUGUUCAAGCAGAGCCAAAACAACAGAACAGACCCCAUGAAACCAGAAUUCAUUUUAACAAUGUAACCAGCCUUUACGUGGACCAAGAGGACCCAGAGCCUCCGCAGAUUAAAGAACAGAAGGAACUCUGCACCAGUCAGCAGGGAGAGCAGCUUGUAGUGAAUCAGGAGACUCCUACUUAUGAGGAAAAUGACCACAGUGAAGUUCAGACUGGAGCAGAGCCAAAACAACAGGAAACCAGAAGUCACAUUAACAAUGUAAGCAGCCCUAACCUGUCAGAGGAUAACUGUAAUACUGACAAAGGUAAAAAACCUUUAAAAUGUGACACAUGUGGAAAAGAGUUUAAGAUUAAGUCACGAUUGAAGAGACAUCUAAAGACCCACACAGGUGAGAAGCCAUAUGCUUGCAAUACUUGCGGGAAAAGAUUGGCUGACUGUUCAACAUACAAAAUGCAUAUGAGAAUCCACACAGGGGAGAAGCCGUUUGAAUGUAAAAUUUGUGGGUUCGUUUUCCGCCAGAGUACUCAUUUGAAAAACCACAUGUCAAGCCACACAGGUGAGAGUCGGUUUACUUGUAAAGUUUGUGGGAAAGCUUUUAGACGUAAAGAUUACUUGAAUAAGCACAUGGUUAGAUUCCACAUUCUUUCAAAAUUAGAAAAAGUUUCAAAAUGAGUCAUGACCUGAAUAUCACAUGAGAAGCCAAAACAGUUGACAAGCUGUCGACUCGUGAGACAUUCGGGAUCACUUUACAGUUUAAGAUGGACUUAAAAUCUAGUAUGAUAGUUCUAUAUGAAGCUCCCUAAACAUUUUUACGUAAAGUCAGAUUUUAAAUUUGAGAUCGGCUGGAUCUGUUUUAUUCUAUUAUAACAGACAUAUUAAAUGUAAAUGUCCCUUCUUUUUUUUUUUUAAAUCUUUUUUUUUUUUUCAACAAACAACCUCAUUUAUAUACCUGGCCACAUUUUGUGAAUUUCCUUAAAAUUAUGUGCUGUAUUUUGCUGUCAAUGGUGUUACAGCUCGCCUGUGCAAACAACAAAAAUGAGUGAAGUAAAAAUAAAUGAGGAUUUAAAAAUAAAAAAAA